GCUAUGGACACCUAACACUAAUGCAGCUCCACCCAGCCGAUCUGCCAUGGCGAUGGAAGAGUCACAUAUUGUGUCCAUAAAUGUCAUUCUGAUCCAAGCUGAGUCAAGCGGUAAACCUUUACCUUUCUAUGAAACAACGCGAACCAAUCGUCGUAAAAGAAUCUACGAAGCAGUAAAACCUAAGAAUUAUUACCACCUCGAAUAUCAGCUACAACCCGGCGGAGCUAGCCCUAUUUUUAGCACAGACAUAGUCACGUAUGGUAUAGUGACUAAGGUAUUCACUAAUCAGGACGAAAGGCUGAUUAGAUCAUGGUCAGAGGAUGGCCUUGUGUACCAUGGAUGGAAACACAAUCAUAAAGUUACUCUGGAUACAGAUUCAUUGCUUGAGUUGUACAGCCAUACUUUUAGUGUUCGUCUCUGGAAUUCGCCAGAUAAAGUAUCCGCUAGGGCUCGGUAUGAUCGUCCAAAAGCUUUCAGAUUACCUCUGUCUAAACGAGAUCCAAAGGACAACAAAUUGCACUUCCCAGGAGUAUAUCAUGAUUUGUCUACCACAUCGGUAAAAAUUGCACGUCACCGAAGUCGAAGGUUGAGUGAACAAAUUGAUUUAGAAGGCAUGGAUGACUCAAUGGAGUACUUGGCAUCUCAAAAAUCUCAAACGAUGCCAUCAAUUAUUGAGGAGAUACACUUUGAAGAGAAGAAUGAUCCUAUUAGCAACACUCAGUUUUCUCAAACUCAAAUGAAUGGUCCAUCACAGUCUACUAUGACUUCUGCAUCUCUUACACCUGGGUUGAGAGGUCUUUCAAAGCAACAGAUUAAACUACUACAAGAUGAACAUAAUGAAAGAGAGAGAAUCAAUAAAGAGGGUUUGGUUGUCAUAUCUAUUAAGUUAGCUGACCUAUUUGGUGGUGAUCAUUUAGCCAAAGCCACCUUAAAAGAGUGCAAAGGGGAUUUGAAGUAUUUUGAAGUUAUUGUGAGUCUUGAUUCACCACUAAUGUCUGACAAGCAAAGAAUGCUUCUUAAUCCAAUGACUAUUACUAUCAAAGAUUGCACUCUUCCUCCUUUGAAAGAAUGUGAAAAGUCCAAUGUUCAUGUCAAGUAUCAAUUCUUUAAUAAGCCAACCGUGACUACAGAAAGUAUUCCAUAUUCUUGUGCUCUUGCUUGGAAUUCGAGUAAUGUAUUAUUGCUUGGAACAAUUGUACCUGAACUCUUACUUGAAUAUCUUCGUGGACCUCCAUUAAUUUUUGAAAUGCAUGUACAUGAUACUGAUAGCUCAGAAAAUGAUAAAUUUAGCUCUAAGAAGCAACCAGAAGGUGCCAUUUUUGGUCAACUUUUACAUGACUUAACAUUAGGAACUUGUAACUGCAACGAUGCAAAUGAUGAGAAAGAAGACAAUAGAAUUGUUCCAGGAGCUAAGUUUGACCUUAGUGCUUUACUUACAGGAGUAACUACAAUGGAAUUUACUUUACCAGUAUUAAGCUCUGCGUCACACAUGAUGAAAGAAUUUUCCAAAUCUAAUAUGGAUUACAUCAACUAUGAGAGUCAGGUCACUGUCAUCGUCCACUUGACUUUUCCUUUAUCUUUUGCUCCAUUGUCAUUUCAUCAAGAUGACUUAUUUUCACAAAGACCAAUGACACCUUUUGGUCGACUUGUUUUUAUGGUGUCCACUGCAAAUCCCCAGUUGGUUGAACGAUUGGUAGCUCUCAUAAGUGAGAUCAAUGCUUCUGAACUUAAUCUAUUAGAUAAAACACCUUCUGAAAGAAAUGCUAUUCUCUCAACAUUUAAAUUAACUGAGGAGCAAGUAAAUAGCUCUCAAUGUAAUGUUAUUACUGGGUUUCAUUUAGAAGAUACUGAUAACCAUAUUUUUAUGCUAGAAGGACUUCAUGGUAAAGGAAUUUUAAACAUUUGGGAGUCAAUUCCACAUCAGUCUACACAAGAUGAGGUGGUAAAAGCAUUUUAUGAUUCAGAUUAUAGCUUUUCAAAGCGCAUAUAUGGAAAGCUUGAUGUAGAUCUUGUACAUAUUACACUUCCACAGUCACUGCAAGAAAUUAUGAAGGAACCAACAGUGUACCUUCAUGACUCUAUUCCCAGACUCUGCUUUAUUGCACUACAAAAUAUUCAUGACCUAAUAUUUGCACAAGAUUUUUGUUCCAUAAUAAGGAAUGAUAUGUUUCCUUCAUUUGACAUGAUCAGCAGCCUAAGUGUGUAUUGCUUGCAACUUAUACCAACAAAAACUGAAAUUUUGGAGGAGGAAUCUCUAGCUACUGUUAUCUCUGUAUCUAAAAGUAAAUCUAAAAGAAAUUUUGAUACAUUAGACAAUGUCAACUACAAAUACGAAGACUUAUUGGAGGAAAGAAAACAAUUGCCAGAGCCAGAUAAAAUAACACAUAACAUACUUAAAGUACAGCAAAUGUCAGAUGAAGUGAAGAAAACAAAGAAAUUUCGUAAAAGAUCAAGUAGUGAAGGGAAUAAACAAACAGCUGUUUAUAGCAGCCAAACUUAUAAUUCAGCUGUUUUAAACAAAGCUAUGCUAAGACAAAGAUUGAAUCCUAAGAGUCGAUACACUUACUGUCAGCACUAUCACAGCAUGACAGUUGAACCAGUUGAUGUUGAAAAGGAGCUCCAGUUGUACUGGCAAAGAGGAAGCAGAAGUAAAUGGAUAUCUGAUCAAGACUUUGUUUUUCCUGGUCCCAAGACCGCUUUACAAGAUAAUGCUCAUCCAAAAGGACUUCAUAUUAGUAGAAGGGAAGAAUUAAAACAGAAAUUUUCUGAUAAUUUAUUGCACAGUAAUAAAUUACAGCCAAGUGUGGAUUGGAUGAAGUUUAGUUGGAACAACAGGGCACAUGACUUUGACUGUUACACGCAGCCUCCAAAAUAUUUUGGAUCACAAUACCCUGCCACUAUUCAUCUAGCUGGAGAGUGUCGCAAUACAGAAAUGAAAAGCUUUAAGGAAAAGGAGCAAGAAAAAUGGAGAGCAAAAAUUGUAGUUGACAACAUGCAAUUUUACACACUUCGUCAAGGGAUCAAGACAGAGCAAGGUCCUAGAGCAGCUUCUCAGCAAGACAAACUGAAAAGUUUGUUAAAAGAUGAUCCUGACAUACCAUCAGCCAUUGCACCAACAGAGCAUCUUCGAGUAGAUACAUUACCUGCACUAGCAACUAUUAGAAGUAACGAAAGGGAAAAAGGUUUAAUAGGCUACGUACCAGGAGAUAUUGCAUUAUGUAAGAGUUUAAAACAUGACUGCAAUGUAAUACCAAUAUAUAAACAAUUACCUACACAAUAAAUAAUUUUGUAGAAAAUACAUGUGCAUGUUUUGCAAUAAAUAAAAUAAAUCACAUAGUGACAAUUAUUUACAAAGAUGUAUUUACAAAAAUUUAAA